AUGUCAGGAUUACGUCGUUCAGCCAGAGUUGCUUCCAAUUCACAAACCAAGGCAGAUCAAACUGUGCAUGCUAGUACUGCUCCACCGCCAACAAAAAAGGCCAAAACAGAAACCACAAAGACAGAGCCACAACCAGAAGCUGAAGAGACUGAGGUUACUCGUGAGUUAGAAAUUGGUGAAAAGAUUCCUGAUCUCACUUUGCUUAAUCAAGAUGAAAAGGAGAUCAAUUUGCCAACAAUUGCCAAGGAACACAAAUACGUGGUGAUUUUCGCAUACCCUAAAGCCUCUACACCAGGAUGUACAAGACAAGUGUGUGGCUUCCAAAAGAAUUUCCAAUUUUUGAAUGAUAAAAAUGUUGCUGUGUUUGGUCUUUCAGCUGAUACUCCACUGAGCCAAAAGAAUUUCCAAACCAAACAACGCGUUGAAUAUGACUUGUUAAGUGAUCCUAAAAAGGAGUUGAUUGGAACUUUGGGCGCUAAGAAACAGCCAUCGGGUAUCAAGAGAUCUCAUUGGAUCUUUGUUGAUGGGGUGUUGAAGGUGAAGAGAUUACAAAUUUCGCCUGAACAAAGUGUCGAUGGUGCAAAAGAGGAAAUUGAACAGUUUAUCGCGGAGGAGAAGGGAGGUUCUGAUGGUGGCGUUAAAGGUGAGCCCACAGUCAACGGUAGUGAGGAAAACCCAGUCAAUGGCGUAGAUAAAGAGCCUGCAGUUUCUUCUGAACAAACCGAAGUUCCAAAGGUGGAAGCAAACCCAUCAGCAGGUGUCAAUGGAGGAACUCAGGACAAGAAAGCAGAGGAGCAAAAAGAUACCAACUUGGAAUCUAAUGAGCAACCACCACAAGUCGCAACUGAAGCUGUUACUGGAGUCACUACCGAAGCCACAACAGCAACUUGA